UGGAGCGGGUGAACCAAUUUUGUAAUGCGUGCAUGAAGCAUUAAACUAUUUGUGUUCCACUUUGCUUCAUAAUUCUGAUCUAAUCGAAAUCCAACUUUUUAUCUCCCGUUUCAGGUUUGAGAUGCUCGACACAACUCUCUUGUCGUCUUCAAUUGUUUCUUCAUUGGUGCCCAGGGGUCUGCUUAUAAAAUAUUUUGUCAGAGCUGACAAAUUGGGUUUAUUUCAUACAUAUCCUGAUCGUGGUGGGCCAUUUAAGAGCAUACUGGAAGCUCAGGAAGCCAUUGAUUCAUAUCAUGUUGUUCAACGACAAAUAAUGUGUAUGGAUGGACUUUCCGAUGAGGAGAGGUCUGUGCGGUAUGCUCUUUACUGGCAUCAUACCGGCACAAGAAAGCACUCCAAGGAAGCUUUAGCUGCUAGUGGGACUCUUCACCGUACAGAGGAAUUGGUUAAGGCUUUACUGGACAAACACAACGAAGACAAUGAGCUUGCUGGGGAUCUUGCAUAUCAACUAGAAGAUAUUGUGACCCACAAAUCAUGUUUUGAUGGAAAGGGUUGCAUUUAUAGAUCUUACUCUCAUUUCAAUAUGACCAUGAAGACCAAAGGAGCUGAUGCCAACAAAGAUCUAUAUUUUGCUGAAGUCAUGUGUAUGCGCGGUGAUUAUGAAGCGCAUGUGCUCACCUGUAUCUGCAUGGUUAAACCUGAUGACAAUGGUGAAUGCCACGUGUGUGGUGUUGACAUGAAGCACCCUACUCAUGAUGAAUACAACCAUGGUCGCCCCAAGUUGUUUCGUCGUAUUGGCUGUGAUUCAGUUGGAGAAGAUUUAUUUGAGGAGUUAUUCGCCGUGCGUGAUGAGGCUUGGCUGAAAGCAGAGGAAGCUAGAGUGAGACGCAUGAUCAAGGAAGGGAAAGAGGCUAGACGACACAGGUUGGAGGUGGAAAACAUAGGAGGUGGCCAUGGAAAGAGGAAUACGUACAUAAUACCGGCUAGACGAUAAUGAGUUGAACACGAUCAACUUUUUUUUUAAUAGCUUUCAUGUUCAGAACACCACAGCUUAGAUACAGAGUAAUAACAAGAUGAGCAAGAUAGCUUUCA